AUGUCUUUUGUUGGCUGUUCCUUCACUGUCUUUACCCAUGGCUAUCCUUCCACUCUUUACUUACGCAUUAAUAUCCUUCACUCAGUUUCGACUUCACUCUUUACUUACAUAUUAAUAUCCUUCACUCAGUUUCGAUCAAGGCACUUGCUUGAUUUUCUAUCAACCCACUCAAUCACUCCCUUUUGA